AUGUUAUCUGCUCUCAGGGAGAAAGCAAAGGAUCUGCAGUAUGUGCAGGACUACAAACCUGCAAACGAGAACUUCAAACAUGUCCGGGUCCUCCUGCACGGGCCCGUCGGAGCUGGAAAGUCCAGCCUCAUCAACUCUGUGAGCAACAUCCUCCGAGGAAGAAUGACCAUUUCUGCACCAGCCAAUGCAAUCACUGCUGGCAGAAGCUUCACAGGAAGUUAUGAAACUCAUGAAUUCUGGACUGGGAGAGGAAGCUCUAAGACAUUCUUCCCUUUGGUCUUCAAUGAUGUCAUGGGUCUGGAGGAUGGGACCAAGGAAGGUGUUCAUGCUGAGGACAUCAAGCUGGCCAUGCAAGGACACAUGAGGGAGGGUCACAACUUCAACCCAGUAACUCCUCUGACUGAGACCAAUCCUGGCUACAACCUGGACCCCUCUCCUGAUGACAAAGUCCAUGUUCUGGUCUGCGUGAUUUCAGCCAACAUUCCAGAGAUCAAGAAGUCAGUUCUGGAGAAGAUAAAUGAGAUCAGAGAAGCAGCCAAAAACCUGGGAAUUCCCCAAAUGACACUAAUGACUCACAUCGAUGAGGCUUGUGGUGAAAUCAACAAGGACCUGAAGAAUGUGUACAGGAGCAAACACCUGAAGAAGAAGAUGAAGGACUUCAGCACAGCUGUGGGAAUACCGAUGAACUGCAUCUUUCCUGUGAAGAACUACAGCGAAGAAAUCGACCUGAAUAAUGACGUUGACGUUCUGAUCCUGAGCGCCCUGAGAAAAAUGGUCGACUUUGGAGAUGACUUUAUUGAAAAGAAGUAAAUAGAAUGAGGAACGAUCUGCUAAUCAAGAUCAUUUAUCAAAACAGAUGUAAAAAUCAGAUGUAGAUCUUUUAUAUCUUACAAAUUUGAAAUAAAGUUUUCUGAGUUUUAA